AUGGCACGUCGUCAUAAGAGAGGAAAGUCCAAAUCAGCCAAACUUGCCAGGCUUGGUCAACUUGGAAUUUUAAAACAUGGAAAGCAUAUUUUAGAAAAACAAAACAAAGCUGUAAAAAAACAGCAAAUAUUAGUUGCUAAAGAAGCUAUAGAAAAGGAACAAGCAAAAAUGCCCCAUUCUUUUGUUAUAUAUAAUGGAAGUGUAGGAAAGUAUGUUCGUAUGCUUAUGAUGGAUAUAAGAAAAGUUUUGGAACCCUUUACAGCAUCACAACUUAAAGUUCAAAAAAGAAAUAAUGUUAAAGAUUUUAUUGUAAAUGGUGCUAUUCUUGGAUUAAGUCAUAUGAUAGUACUAACAAAAAGUGAUUCAUCAGUAAAUAUGAGACUUCUAAAAACUCCUCAGGGUCCAACGCUUCAAUUUAAAGUUAAUUCUUACACAUUAUUUAGAGAUGUAAUUGCUGCAAGUAAAAGACCUGUUGUAUAUGAGAAAUUAAUGUCUUCCUGUCCACUUCUUAUAAUGAAUGGAUUUGCUGAUAGUCACAAGAAAGAAUUAAAAUUAGUUGAAAGUGUCUUACAAAAUAUGUUUCCAGAAUUAAGGCCAGAUAAAGUUUUAUUAAGAAAUGUUAGACGUUGUGUUCUUUUUAAUUAUGAUGAAGAGAGUGAUACAAUUUCAAUGAGACAUUAUGCUAUUAAAGUUGUUCCAACUGACAUUUCUAAAUCAACUAAAAAAAUAAUUAAAGAUAAAGUUCCUGAUUUGUCAAAAUAUAAAGAUAUUAGUGAAUUUUUUUUAAAUCCAGGACAUUUAUCAGAGAGUGAAUUUGAGGGUGAACAAAAUGAAGUUGAGCUGGCUGAAGAUUUACCUGGAAAAGGGUGUUUAAAAGGAAUGAAAAGUAAUGUUCGUAUGAUUGAAAUUGGACCUAGACUUGAUUUAACAUUGACUAAAAUUUUGGAGGGUAUAGAUGAAGGAGAAGUUUUGUAUAAUAGAUAUGUUACUAAGAGUGCAGAGGAAGUUAAGAAACUUCGAAGUAUAGCUCCUACUCUUAAAUCUAGAAGAAAGAAACGUGAAAGAAUAGUUAAUGUUCGUGUUGUUAGGAGGCUUAAAAAUGCACAAAAAUUAAAGGCAGAAUCUGAAUCUCAACAAGAACAUGAAUAUGAACAAGAAGAGUAUGAUUUGCCUUAA